AUGAUCAACUUCACCUGGUGGGUCAACCGAAAGGACCCUCAGAGAGGGAGGGCGGAACAUCUUCCAGGGCGGAUUCCUCGGGCUCGACAACAUCGGCGUGUUCGACCGUGGCGGGGAGAGCUGCCCACUGGCGGCUUCAUAAACCAGUCCGACGGCACGAGCUGGAUGGCCUUCUACAGUCUCACGCUCAUGCGCAUCGCCCUCGAGCUCGCCCGGGCCCCUGCGGCCAGAUCCCCCGCCCGCUGGCAUCGCUCGGACGUGACGCGCCUGGCCGAGGGCCUGGGCCUCUGGGACGAGAAGGACGAGUUCUACUACGACGUGCUGACCACCCCCGACGGGAACCGCGUUCCCUUGAGGGUGCGCUCCAUGGUCGGACUCAUUCCGCUGUUCGCCGUGGAGGUCCUGGAGCCGGAGGUGCUGGACAAGCUGCCCAAGUUCGCGAGCAGGUGCCAGGAGAUCCUCGACAAGCGGCCCGACCUCGCCUCGCUGGUCUCCCAGUUCGAGGUGCCCGGCGUGGGAAACCGCCGCCUCCUGUCGCUGUUGCGCGGCCAGCGCAUGAGGUCAUUGCUCCGGAGGAUGCUGGACCCGAAGGAUCGAGUUCCUGUCCGACUACGGCGUGCGGGCGCUGUCCAGGGUCCACCUGGAGGAGCCCUACGUGCUCGAGCACGGGGGCAAGACCUACCAGAUAGGCUACGAGCCUGCCGAGGCGUCGGUGAGGAGAUCAUGGGCGGCAACUCGAAUUGGCGCGGACCGAUCUGGUUCCCGAUGAACUACCUCAUCAUCGAGUCUCUCCAGAAGUUCCACCAGUACUACGGGGCGGACUACCUCGUGGAGUGCCCGGUGGCUUCUGGACAGCACUGCUCCAUCCUGGCGGUGGCCGAGGACCUCUCCCGCAGGCUCGUGGGCCUCUUCAGGAGCUCGGAGGAGGGCCGGCCCUCCCUGCGGCUGCACCCGAAGAUGGCGAAGGACCCGCACUUCCGGGACCACCUGCUGUUCUACGAGCACUUCCACGGCGACAGCGGCAGGGGCGUCGGCGCCUCGCACCAGACUGGCUGGACCGGGCUGGUGGCGAAGCUCAUCCAGGCGUUCGGCGACAG